AUGGAGCAGUUGAGCGAAAAAAUGUCGGCGUCUGCGUUCGCCGAGCCGGGCGUGCGGCUUUCGAUUAAUUUGAGAGAAAGGUAAGGCAUAUCUACAUUCGGGACAAUGUUGCUCAGUUGCUGAAAGGAAUACAAAAAAGUUGUUAACAGAUAAAAUGUGCCCAAUGUCUUUCUGAGCAAUUCAUCAGUUGACAACUUUUCGAUAUCUCUAGCGGCAGCCGAGAUACAUUGCUUUGAAUGGACAGUAGCGCUCGCUUACCGGUUACUGUACACUUUUUUCAACUCAACCUCCAAUCUGCCGACCUUUGGUCCCGAUUUUUGUCUUCCGAUCGCUAGUUGGCGUCAUUUCUCUCUCUAGCCUUAUCAUUUUUCAUUGAUAAGAAAAAAGAGAAGAGAACUGCGAAUAGAUCAAGAAGAAGAAGAAGAAGAAGGCAAUAAAAGAGAUAAAUAAUUGAUUUUCGAGAAAACGGAUCUUUGAGAUUACGAAGAGAUCAAAAACCGGAAAUUUCAAUGUCCUUUUGAACCAUUUGAACAUCAGCAAACGUUCACUUUCAGAUGUCGAAUGCAUGAUCUGAACGAGGCGCUCGACGAUCUUCGCGCCGUCAUCCCCUAUGCGCACGGCGGAUCCGUCAGGAAGCUCUCGAAAAUUGCCACAUUGCUUCUGGCGAAGAAUCACAUUAUUAUGCAGGUACGGUAGCCCAAACAAUAUCUGGCAUAAGUUUCAAGUUUUGGUGACUUUGAUGAUUCUGAAAUGUUGUGUGUGUGUGUGUGAAAUCCAGGGCAUCCAGGGGUACUGUACUUUUGUAGUCGAUCACUUCCAAAGAUACUACUGUGUAGCUCUUCAAACAGUGGUUCUAGAGAAAAAUGUUGAAACUGUCGACUUUUCCAGGCAAAAGCCAUCGAAGAACUGACGAUUCUGGUGUCGCAGAUGAAGCAGAAGAAGAAGAAGAGCGAGGAGAACGAGGAGAAGUCGGCCGCGGACGACUCCUAA